AUGGCUGCAACUCUUUCGUCCUCGGCAACCGCCUCCCUUCGCUCUCUCUCCAUCACAGAGGGAAGCACCCUCGCCACUUCCUCCCGCGCGGCAAUCCCAGCGUUCUCCGGCCUCAAGGCGCACAGGGGCCUCUCCGCCUCUGCCGGGGUUCAAACAUGCACCUGCGUGUCAUGCGGCCGAUCCUGCGCCUGCCCUUGCGCGAAAUGCGGUAACCGUCGCACCAGCAUCGUCGCCAUGGCCAGCGGAGACAGCCAAUUCGCCAGCGUUUCCCAAUCCACGGCAGCUCCCGCCGCUCCCGCCACCAGCGCUCUCAUCCCCGCCGUCGUCGGCGCCGGCGCUCUGGGCGCCGCAACCUACGUCGCCGUGAAGAAGCUCACCGCGUCUCCCGCCGCCGCUCCCGCCGCACCCGCCCCCUCGCCUCCCGCGGUCACCAGCGUCCCGCCCAGCGGCAUCGUUCCGCGCGCGAAGCACGCGGCGGCGUCCGCUCUCGCGACGAUGGCGACGACGUUCCCGUCGGCGAUGCAAGAGGAGGCGUUCCUGAAGGCCGUGGCGGUGGAGCUGGCGAAGCUGGGGUUCCGCAAGGACAACGGCAUCGCGCUGGUGAACACGUGCCGCGACGAGGUGUGCCGGCCCGUGGUGAGCAUCAUUGACCGCGAGUUCGGGCUGAGCUUCAACAUCUCGGGGCUGGGCGGGCUCGUCAACUGCGGCAAGGUCGGCUUCGGAGCCGCCAUGAGCCACUCGCCCGAGUUCCCCUGCGACGUCGACGGCAACCUCAAGGAGCGAUACAUUUUCUUCGCGUUCCCGCACGUGUCCAUCGGCGAGUCGGGUGAGGUGGGGUCGCUGCUGCGUCGCGGUCGCGGCAAGGCGUCGAGCGCGUGCGGAGCGUUGAUCGCCAUCAACAACGACAUCAACAACGGCGUGGCGCCCAGCAUGGACAGCGACGACCCCGAGUACACGCUACUGCGCAAGAAGAUCAUGGCUAAGGUGUCGGGCGGAGACCAGUCGCUGGUGGACGUGACGCGCGCGGCGUUGGCGGCGAUAAACGAGGACCUUGAGAAGCUCAUCUCGCUCACGGUGAACCCCGCCACGGCGGACUACGCCGUCAUCACGGGCGUGCAGAUCCACUCGGGCGACCAGAUUCCCGGCCAGCCCUUCCGCAUCGAGCGCACCUGCGACUACAUCGCGCCCGACAAGAUGUACGCCGUGGUUCGCGGCCAGAAGUACGAUCUGAAGGUGGAGACGCCCAAGUCGCAAGGCGUCGCCGCCAUGGUUUGA